GAGAAAAUCCAGAUGGAGUUGGCGCGCGACGGGAGAAGAGCUGUGGCUCGUGCGACCGCCACACACUGGAAAGGCUGCCUUGCACUGCCUUGAUGAACUCGACCUGGUCCCGCACACAGCGCAGCAGCCCGUCAUGGGGGACGGUGGCGCGUCCUCGCCGGUGAACUUCCAGAAUGGCACGGGGAGCGAGGCGUCGGACGCACCGGACUCCGCUACUGCAGCCGCGUCCGAGCAGUGGAUGGCGGGGAUGAGCCUGGUGAUGGGUUUGAUCGUCCUGGCUAUUGUGUUCGGGAAUAUCUUGGUCAUCGUGGCCAUCGCCAAAACGCAGAGGCUGCAGACCAUCACCAAUGUGUUCAUCGUGUCCCUGGCGAGCGCGGACCUCAUCAUGGGGCUGCUGGUGGUGCCGUUUGGCGCUGCGCUCGAGGUGCGCGGCUCCUGGCUGUAUGGCUCCUUUUUCUGCGAGUUUUGGAUCUCCGUGGAUGUCCUGUGCGUCACAGCCAGCAUCGAGACCCUGUGCGUUAUCGCCAUAGACAGGUACGUGGCCAUCACCUCGCCUUUCCGCUACCAAAGCUUGUUAACCAAAGCUCGGGCCAAAACGGCGGUGUGCGUAGUGUGGGCUAUCUCCGGGCUGGUCUCCUUCCUCCCCAUCCUGAUGCACUGGUCCCGAGACAGCGUGGACACAGCCUGCUACGAGGACCCUGAGUGUUGCGACUUUGUCACCAACAGGGCAUAUGCCAUCUCCUCAUCCAUCAUAUCUUUUUACAUUCCUCUCUUGGUCAUGAUAUUUGUUUACGCCCGCGUGUACAGAGAGGCGAAAAUGCAGCUGAGGAAGAUCGACAAGUGCGAGGGCAGGUUUCACAACACCUUAACCGGACUCACCUCCAAGUGCAAGAAGAGGCCAUCUAAAAUCCUGGCGCUCAGGGAGCAAAAGGCGCUCAAGACGCUGGGCAUCAUCAUGGGGACGUUCACCCUGUGCUGGCUGCCCUUCUUUAUAGUCAACGUGAUGCGGGUGUUUUGCGCAGAGGUGGUGGACAAGGACCUGUUCGUUUUCCUAAACUGGCUGGGCUACGUGAACUCAGCCUUUAACCCCAUCAUCUACUGCCGGAGUCCGGACUUUAGGAAAGCUUUCAAAAGGCUGCUGUGUUGCCCGAGGCAAGCCGACCGCAGGCUACACAUCAGCUCCUGCGAUCUGUCCCGGUGCUCCGGAGGAUUCGUGUCCGCUCUGGAGCCCGGCACGCUGGGGCUGUGGUCAGAUUGCGCCGGGUUGGACAACAGUGACAGCAGCCUGGUGGGGACCAAAAAGCUGUCUCACUCUGAAUCACAGCUGUGAAGGAGACACUAAAACUUUUAUCAUGGUGGAUUACAACAGCUUGGAGAAAAAGGAUGGUGAUAAAAGCGGGAGUUGAGCUUCUUUUUGGAGGGGAAAGGUAUGCGCAACAGUCGCACCUUGGAUAGAUCCGAUUUUAUAUCUGCAUCAGAAGUCAAACAUCACCAGAAAUGUAUCUGAAAGCCAUACUUUUACAAACGCAUCAGGACCAAUGCUCCUUAGGAGAUAAGCAAACCUCUCCAGGACAGUUCAGUGUAUAAGAGAUGAUCCAAUUUGCUGAAAAAAAAUGACCCUGACAAAUUUAUUCAAGUGGAUCUGAUCAAUCAUAAUGGGUGCUGCGCUUAUAUUCAAUGAAUUGACGCUCCUUUUACAGGGCGCGCGCUCCUGUUUGUUGUUUUUGUUUAUUUUUAUUUUAUUAGAUCAGCAGUUCUGCGCUAUGCUGAGGAUGAUAAUCUAAUCAGGGGGAGUGGAUAUCCUUUACCUUAACCCCAAGUUCGCUAUGGGUCACAAUCCAUUCUUAAAAUGACCGCUCAGGCGCACUGUAAUGAACUGGUUGUUAUUUAAAAAAGCAUUGGACAUGAGCGAUGUACUGUAUCCAUGUCGUGCCCACAAUGUGUUUUUACCUCACAGCUAUCGGUAAGUGCAAUUUGUACGACAGGUAUUUGUUUAUAUUAAACAUUGAUGUAAGAUAAUGUAUUUAUUCCGCGCCGUCUUUUACAACUGAAGCAAGUGAAUGUGGGGCGGAUUCCCACGCCCUCUGUACAGUAUACUGUUGUAUAAUGCGGUGUUUAGUACUGAAGUGAGGAAUUUGAGCCUCUCUCUUUGUCUUUUUCUCAUUUAAGCUUUACAUGCUGUUGUGAGGUGGUGUGUUGACUCCUGUGAAAUAAAAGGAAGUUUCAUUGUUAA